CGAUAAAUGGACAGUAGGUGGCACUAAUCUCUAGAAAUGGCUUCAUCCGUGAAGUGGAGCAUGAACUAUAUACAUACACUACAAAAAGUUGCAUUGCCAAAUUUGCAAAAACUAUCUGCAAAUUUAUCAGGAAUUAGGUACUCCAGUACAGAAGCGGUACCUUCAGCAACACCAUUUGCACAUUUCAGAACAUUGGAAUCUGAUCCUGUAAAUCAUACAAAUAACCAUGAAGCUCAGUUUUAUACAAUGACACCUUCUGUGCAUAAAACCCUUUUUCAGUUGGGUGGAAUAUCAAAAUCAUUUGAAAUUCAGUGUAAAACUUUCCAAGAGGUUUGCCUGAUGGUGCGUAAACCAGCAUUAGAAGUGAUGGAAUACUUGAAACAAGCCAAUUAUGAUCAUCCCACAAUUAGAUAUAUUCUAUAUGGAAGGAAGGGUACAGGAAAAACCUUAACAUUAGCACACCUUCUUCAUUAUGGUUUCAACAAAAAGUGGAUGCUUUUACAUGUACCCUGGGCUCCAAACUGGACUCGAAGGCCUAGAGAAAUUGCUCCAUCUAUAUCUCGAGAAGGAAGAAUUGAUAUGCCAGUAGAUGCUGCUGUUUGGCUUCAACAGUUCAAAAGCCAAAAUGAACAACUGCUUAAAGACUUAGAUCUAAGGGCUCAGAAGAGUUACACCUGGAGCAAACGAGAAGUUACUCAAGAAGGAGAACCACUAUUGAGUAUUGCAGAUCAUGGAAUCAACAGGAUGAAGCAUGCUUCUGAUUGUGUAGCUGUCAUACUGAAGGAACUGAGAGAGUAUUCUCAAAAAGGAAUGUUUACUACUUUUGUGGCUGUAGAUGGAGUCAACUGCUUCUUCAGGCCUACCGAUGUUAAAAGAGAAAACAAAGUAAUCGUUCCAGCUGAUGAGAUAACCUUAAUUAGAGCAUUUAAAAAACUGUUGAAAAAUGAUUGGAAUCAUGGUGCAGUUGUAGUAACUGUUGAUGAAAUAGCUUCACCUGUAGGCUACAGGGAUUCACACAUGCCUAAGUAUUUGUUGGGUCAGGAGGGAUUUGAGCUCUUUGAACCCUUCAUACCAAUCUGUGUUGAAAAUUACAGUCGUAAGGAAAUUGAGAGUUGUCUAGAUUACUUUAUUGAUCGUUUGUGGAUACAAACUGAAGAAGGUAGAACACCAGAAGGGAAAGAGGAAUUGAUAUUUAUUAGUGGUUCUAACCCUUACAGACUAAUGGAAAUUUGUAAAUCUAGGUAAUUUAUGAAGAGAGAGAAAAACCAUUUGAAUAUUUUCACUUUUAUUUUGUAAAGAAAUAGUAAUGUGAUUAUGUGUAGAGUUACACUUAUAUUUCAUUUAGGAAAAAUAAACCUGUUCAUUAUGAUAGUAUCAUAUGAGAACAAAUUUUCUUACAAGAAGAUACACCUUUACUAAAGUGGAUCCAAGUAUUGUAGUUAUGAAUAACCUGCAUGAAAAUUGUACUCCAUGUUCAAUCAUCCAAACAUGAAAAUUCUGUUACAGCAUUACAUGUAUACAUAUAGAAUAAACACAAAAACAAUGUUUUAUGUCAUGUGAAGAAAUCUAAAAAGUUUAAGUUUUUACAGAUGUGAUAGCUCAAGUGUAGUUAAGAUAGAAGGUUGAUUAAUUUUGAGAUAUGCCCUACUCACUCACCAUAGCACUAUAAUCUUCUUUGUGAAUUGGAAGUUAUUACAGGUGUGAUAGCUAGAAGUAUACUUAAGCAUAGUUAAGAUAGAAGGUUGAUUAAUUUUGAGAUAUGACCUACAUACCCACUAUGAUACUAUAAUCUUCUUUGUGAAUUGGAAGUUAUUACAGGUGUGAUAGCUAGAAGUAUACUUAAGCAUAGUUAAGAUAGAAGGUUGAUUAAUUUUGAGAUAUGACCUACAUACCCACUAUGAUACUAUAAUCUUCUUUGUGAAUUGUUUUGGAGUUGUCCACCAUUUUAAUUAAUUAUACUUUCAUUUAUUUAUAAUCUUGCUAUAUAUUUAAUAAGCCAGCUAGAUAAUUCCAGAAAUAGCUUUCAAGUUGAAUAAUGAUUUUACUUUAUAAAUAUAAACUAGACCAGUAUCCUAACAUUUAAGUUUUAACCAUAGGUUGAGAUCUGUUAGGGUAUUUUACCAAAUUGAUGUUUUUACAAGAAUCUAAAUGCUUGAUACUUGUGAAAACAAAACUGUUGUAACUAUAGUAGUUAUUCAGGAUAAGUUAAUGUUAUUGUAAAGUUCUUCAGUUGCUCUUUUAUUUGGAAGAUAAAUACAUAUUUUAUACCAGUAACUAACCCAAUGCUAGAAAUGUUCUUCAUUUUGGUACUGUCAGAGGCUAAGUUUUAAACCAUUCAUUCAGUAUCAGUAUACUCUUUUUGAGGUUCUUGAUCAUAUUCUGUGUGAUUUUUAUUCAUUUAUUAUUUCCAAUUUUGUGUGUAUAGAAGUUUGUAACUUUAAAAAAUAACUUGGUGUAGCUGUCAUGUGUUGGUUUAAAAAAAAAUGCAUGAAUAUCUCCAUGAUGAUUUGUCUUUGGAUUAUUUAUAAAUAUUUCUAGCUGUGAACUUAUUAUAGACAAUUUCUGAAUUUAGGUAAAUAUUGUUUCUCUGUUUAAAAAAAACAAACCUGAAAUAUUUUGACAUGUAAACAAAUUUUACCUGCAUUUUUAAUAUGCUGUCAUUCGAUAAUAUUUUAACAAUGAUGCAACCAAGUUCUGAAUAUUAUUAAUCAAUUUAUUGCUGAUGUUUAUAAAAUAAAUAGAAAUACAUUUAAUAUAGUCCAUAUAUAACUUGUGUGUGUUUUUUAGUGUAAUAUUCAGGUCAUUUAUAUAUCUAAUUUUGAUUUUAUGGCUAGAUAAAGUUAACCCUUUUAUGUUUAUGUUAGUAAAUUACAACUUUUAAGAGGAAAAUAGAGUUAUGGAAAUAGAGAAUGGCUACACUACCAUUCAUAAUUACCAUAACUAAUUUUAUAUUUUACUUAUUCAGUACACUUGGUAUAAUUACCUUAAAAUUUAUGUUCCACAUUAGGUUUGUAAUGAGAAAUAAAUUAGCAUUAAUAUGGUUUAUAUCAAUAUUAUGGGUGACUAGCAGUACCUGUAAGCUACUCUAACAAUCAUAAACUGAGUUAUUGUAACAUUAUCACAGAUAGCUGUAAAGGGAAUAAAGACUGCAUCACAUUUUUUAAAAUUCG